CUGUUAUCUCAGAGAGACUUUGUUGUGAAAACGGAUUGUUCAACAGCGAAAUGAUGCUCAACAUUGUCAAGACUGACAUUUAGGGAAGUUUUAAGAGACAAUCUUGCUGAUAAGUGAUGGAUUUGAGUUGAAAAGGACAUAAAAAUGCCUCUUCGACAACUCUAAUUCCUCCUGACUGGAAGCUGAUUGGCUAAGUUAUCCGUCGGCUCAGCGUCUGUCAAGAAAACCAACAGAAGACAGAGUGCCGUCCCCGCUCAGCCUCCCCUGAAAGUGCAGCUGUAUAUUUACAGGUGCAGCUCCGAUAUGACGAAGAGAAGCCCAUCUCUUCAGCUUGUCAAAAGGAUGCUGAACCAUCACUGCAGAAGGAACCCUGAGCUUCAUGAGGAGCUGCAGAUCCAGGCUGCAGUGGCAGCGGGCGAUGUCUGCACCGUCAGGAGGAUGCUCGAACAAGGAUACUCGCCUAAGAUCCGCGACGCCAACGGCUGGACGCUGCUCCACUUCUCUGCUGCCAAAGGAAAAGAGAGAUGUGUUCGAGUCUUUCUGGAGCACGGAGCCGACCCCACAGUGAAGGACUUUAUCGGCUUCACAGCACUUCACUACGCUGCUAUGCACGGCAGAGCUCGCAUCGCCCGACUGAUGCUGGAAUCUGAGUUUCGCAGUGACAUUAUAAAUGCAAAAAGCAACGACGGCUGGACGCCGCUGCACGUGGCGGCCAACUACGGUCGAGACUCGUUUGUACGCCUCCUCCUCGAGUUCAGGGCCGAGGUGGACCCGCUGAGUGACAAAGGGACCACGCCACUGCAGCUGGCCAUCAUCCGCGAGCGCUCCAGCUGCGUACGGAUCCUCCUGGACCACAGUGCCAACAUUGACAUUCAAAACGGCUUCCUGUUGCGAUACGCCGUCAUCAAAGGCAAUCACUCGUACUGCCGCAUGUUCCUGCAGAGGGGGGCAGACACUAAUCUAGGACGUCUUGAGGACGGGCAGACCCCUCUGCACCUGUCAGCCCUCAGGGACGACGUGUUGUGCGCCCAGAUGCUUUACACGUACGGGGCUGAUACCAACACCAGGAACUACGAAGGCCAGACGCCGGUAGCCGUGUCCGUUAGCAUGUCUGGGAUCAGCCUGCCCUGUCUGGACUUUCUGCAGGAGGUCACCAGACAACCUCGGACUCUCCAAGACUUGUGUCGAAUAAAAAUCCGUCACUGCAUCGGCCUUCAAAGCUUGAAAUUGCUGGAGGAUCUACCCAUUGCAAAGGUUAUGAAAGACUAUUUAAAACAUAAGUUUGACAACGUGUGAGGACAAAAACGACGACAACAGAAGAGGAGAGAGUGACUGAAAACGCUGUACUAUUUACGAAGACUAUGCAAUCACUAUGCUCCGUGUCUGGAAGAAAUGUCCACAAGUCUGUUCUGUACACGCGUAAGGAUCGCUAGUCCAGUUUGGUCGUCCAGUUUGAGGGUUUUCUGCUCCUCUUCUCUGUUUCAGCCUUUUUUUUUUCUUUUUUUUUUAACGGUUACAGUAGUGGCUGAAAAACGGAAACAGAUCCACCUCAUGUGAGCACAGGUUGUGGGAAACAGAAAACCUCAUUUGACAGAUAGCAUUGUUACUACAGUUAUCAUUAUUACCAUUUAUUAUGUUGUCACUGUUCAAAUGUGCAUGAUGUGAUCAUCGCUGCCCCCCCCCCCCAAAAAAAAACAA